ACGUCUCCGCAGCUCUACGAAACGGGCGUCGAAGGUGUUCUUGAGAUUCCGAUGAUUUUAUCUUGUGAAUGAUCCGAUUGAUUCUCAAAACCCUAAAAACAUUUCAGUUAUAGUAGAUAUAUAGAUACACUUGCUUGUGUGUAUAGGCGAUGAUAUUAUGGCGGAGCAAAUAGCAGGCGGCGGAUCAUCGGGAUGCGUGCAAGAAGCCCAGCCGCCGUUGGCGGCGGCGGAGAAUGUUGCGGCGGGUCGAAAGGAGAGGAGGAAGGCAGCGAAGAGGGAGAAGAGGAAGCAGAAGAGGAAGGAGCUGGCGGCGAAGGAGCGAGAAGAAGAAGAAGCCCUGCUUAAAGCAGAAUGUAUGCGGAGGAUUCAGAUGGAGGAAGAGAGAGAAAACGAGAGGCUAGAGAGAGAGAGGAAGGAGUUUGAGGAGCAUGAGAGGGUGUUUCUUGAGGCCUUGGCUGCGAAGAAGAAGAAGGCCGAAGAGGAGGAAGAAGAGCGGAGAAAAGCCCUAGAAGAAGAAUCCAAACAAAAUCAGGUUGGAAACGAGGAUGAAAAUGACAAUGAUGAUUGGGAAUAUGUAGAGGAGGGGCCUCCUGAGAUUAUUUGGCAAGCAAAUGAGAUAAUUGUCAAGAAGAAAAAGGUCAGGGUGAAGAAGAAAGAUGUGGAUCAACAGAUAAAAAAAGAGGAUCCUAAUAGACCUACAUCAAAUCCUCUUCCUCCACAAUCUGAAUCCUUUGCCGAUUACAAGAAUGGAUCUGUGGUUUCUGCACAACAGUUGUUGGAGAAUGCUGCUCAACAAAUUCCGAACUUUGGAACAGAACAGGAUAAAGCUCAUUGCCCUUUCCACCUUAAAACCGGUGCUUGUCGAUUUGGGUCACGUUGCAGCAGAGUUCAUUUUUACCCUGAUAAAGCUUGCACGUUGCUUAUCAAGAACAUGUACAAUGGACCUGGCCUUGCUUGGGAGCAGGAUGAAGGGCUUGAGCAUACGGAUGAAGAGGUUGAUCGCUGUUAUGAAGAGUUCUAUGAGGAUGUGCAUACAGAGUUCUUGAAGUUUGGGGAAAUUGUAAAUUUUAAGGUUUGCAAAAAUGGUUCAUCUCAUUUGCGGGGGAACGUGUACGUACAUUAUAUGUCAUUGGAUUCAGCUGUGCUUGCUUAUCAAUCUAUAAAUGGUCGCUAUUUUGCAGGCAAACUGUUAACAUGCGAGUUUGUCGGUGUGACCAAAUGGAAAGUUGCCAUAUGCGGAGAGUACAUGAAGUCAAGGCUUAAGACAUGUUCUCGUGGGACAGCAUGCAAUUUUAUCCACUGUUUCCGCAACCCUGGUGGAGACUAUGAAUGGGCUGAUUGGGAUAAACAACCUCCAAAGUAUUGGGUGAAGAAGAUGGCUGCUUUGUUUGGUUAUUCAGAGGAAUCUGGGUAUGACUACCAGAUGGAACAAGAAAGGAGGAACUCCAGCAGGAUGAUGGCAACAGAUCCAGACAGGAAACACUACAGAAGAUCUCGCUCGAGAGAGAGGGAUUCUUCUAGAAGCCGAUAUGAGGAAUAUGAUGCUCGAAGGAGCAGGCACUGGGAAAGGCACACAAGUGGCAGUAGAAAUGCAAUAGAAGUUAUUGAUGAAAAAAAUCAUGGAGAAGAAAUGAAUUCUAAAAACAAACUUGAAAGCAAGAACAGAAUGCAUGACUCUGAUUCUGAUGGAGAUUGGUCGAAUAAGGACAGAGGUGGAGGGAAAGCAAGAACAGACCAUGUUAGCACGAGGGAAAGCUCCAGUCACCGGAAGAAAGUGUAUGGAAACCCAGAUGAUUAUGAGAGCAAGACCAGAACUGAUUCUGGUGGACACUUGUCUGAUGAGGACAGAGAGAGAGACGCAUACCACAGGCAGAGGAGGAAAAGCUCAAGACAUCAGAACACUGUGCCAGGGUCUCCUGAUAAUAGGGACAGAACCCGUGAUAGUGAUUCCAGGGAAGAGGACAGAGAUAGACACCACAGGCACAAGAGAAAACGGUCAAGGCAUUCAAAUGAAGGAUUAGGGUUCAUUGAUGAUCAUGGUAACUCAGUGAAGAAGUUGAAAGAUAAACAUAACCAAAGGGAAUCUGACUCGGAGAAACUUGAGACACAAAGAGUAAAGAAAUCAAGUCAGUCAAGCAGAUGGGAUUGUUCAAGCAUAGAGCCAAGUGAAUCUAAUUUUUCUGCCAAGGUUCUAAAAUCACAUGAUAUGGAUUCAAGAUACAACUCCAACGAAAACAUUGAUAAGAUGGGUCAUCCAAAAUCUAGAGACAAAUUUUCCUUAAAGCACCAGAAAUCUUUUAGAGACACUUCUAGUGAUGAGAGUUAUGAGUCCAACAGCGUACGUUGGUAUAGUCCGAGAAGUAAGUCACAUGAUUCUGGGUGUUAUUCUGAUGAAGACAUUGACGAACGAGGUCGGUGGGAAUCUGAAAAAAUUGGUCCUGAAAAGCACCACACGUCUAGAAGAAAAUUCAGUGGUGAUGAUUUUGACCAAGAUGGCAGGACUUCUAAUUGUCAUGACCUGAAUUCUGACGAGUGUUACAGGGAAAGCAGAUCGAGAGACGGGAAAAGCUCAGAUGGCUUGGAGGAGGGUGGUUCUGCUGAAGAGUGCCAAGAAUUUAGGGGGAGAGAGAAGAAGCAUAGCAGAAAGUAUCGGACUCGUGGUCAUAAGAAAAACAGUUCUUAAUGCAGGUUCAAAGAAUCCAAGUACAGGAUUAGUUGAAACUAUAUAUCCAUGCUGUUUUUAGUUGGGUAGAUUUGGUUGCUGGAAAGGUAAAACGAGUACAUCAUUGGCGAGUGACAUUCUAAGUAUGUGGAAGAGAAUGCUAUAUAUUUCUGAAAAACUGAUCAUGAAGUAGCUAGUCAUGGUUUCAACGUUUGUACAUAUUAAUUGAGUCAACGAGCAUCAGGCUCUACUCACUAAAUUGAGCCUUGCUUGCCAAUAUAUAUAUAUAUUUUUUCAAUUGCAGGGAA